AUGUCUUCGUGUUCCACCAACACCACGGUCCAAACCACCGAUCAAGGCGGCGGAAACACCAGUAUCGCCGCCAUCCAUCCUGAUAUCAUUCAAUCCCACAUCUUGAAUAGACUUGAUGGACAAACUAUUGCUUCCACCACCUGUGCUUCAAAACAAUUACAUUCUCUUUGCACAGAAGAUAAUCUCUGGAGGGAUAUUUGCAACUCCACCUGGCCCUCCACCACCGACCACCGUGUCAGAGACGCCAUUUCCGAUUUCCCUUCCGGCCACCUCUCGUUCUACUCACAAUCUGUCCCUGCUCUCCACCACCGCUGCCGCCCCAAAAAAUCACAUCUGCUGCCGAAGACAUCAGAGCUAAUAUCAGCAGUGGAUAUUUACUAUGAUGAAAAGUUGAUAUACUCCAAAGUUAUGGUAACGGAAACCCUUUCAGGAUGGUUCUUGUGUUCACCCUUCAGGCUGGACCUUCUGGACCCAAAAGAGACGGUGCCGGUGAAGUUCGACGUCGAGGAGGGCGAUUGCCGUACCCUUCUAGAGCAGCGCAUGAGAGUAAGCUGGAUUUUAAUAGACCCAAAAAGGAAACGUGCAGCGAACGUGGCAAGCAUGACGUCGGUGGAAACGCGGCGACACUGGCUUACCGAGGACAUACAGCUGCGUUUCGCCAUCGUAAUGCCCGCCGGCGGCGGGGAUUUGGUGCAGUGUGGCGUGGUAGUUACUUGCGGGGGGAAAGAGGGAGGAGAUUUACAGGUAAGGGAGGUGACACUUCAAGUAGGGGACAUGGAAGGGAAAGUCUUGAAUGGGAGUGACAUUUUGGGAAUUUUACAUGAAGCCAUGGAUGGAGAAAGAAAAAAAAGUGCUGGAGGUUCAGUUCGAGCGGCUGUCUCCCAGGAUACAACGGUAAUAAGCAGAAUCCGAACACCGCGGUCCUACUUUGGCGAACUCUUUUCAGUUCUAGCAAUAAACAUUGGGAGUUUCUGUAGUUUAGAAACUCCAAAGUUAUUGGAGAAAGCCAAAAAAAAAUUGGCAAAACGUGGGCUCUCUGAUGGGGCCAUUUUUGCCUUAUUCAGUCCGACAUUCGUAUAUUGCUUCCAACUGAUGUUCGAUGGCAGUUGUUUGCUAGUCACUCAUGUUGCUAAUUGUUAUUUGCUUUUAGAUGUGUACUAA